UUUCAGGUUAUAAUAAAAGAUCAAAAUAAACAGAAAUCAUGAAUGGAAUUAAAAUAUUUAAGAGAUUACUCUGCAGCAAAAUCACAAGCCAUCAGAAGGAAUUAAUGGCCAGGAGUUUGCCGAAGAAGAAACCCCUGCCAGGAGUUAAGGAUAUCGUGUUGGUGGCAUCGGGGAAAGGAGGUGUAGGAAAGUCCACGACAGCUGUUAAUCUGGCAGUGUGUCUGGCUCAGAGUGGUCAGAGAGUUGGGCUAAUGGAUGCUGAUUUGUUUGGUCCAUCAAUCCCAUUGAUGAUGAAUCUAACAGAGACUCCCCUUGUGGAUGAUGAGAAUAGGAUAAUCCCACCUAUGAAUUACGGUGUUAAGUGCCUAUCCCUGGGAUUGCUGACGGAGAUGAAGCCAGCUAUAUGGAGAGGUCCCCUUGUGAUGUCAGCAACAGAGCGACUGCUGAAAGGUACCGCCUGGGCUCCUCUGGACAUCUUGGUUGUGGACACUCCGCCAGGAACGGGGGACAUACAUCUGUCGCUCAUGCAAAAUGUCCCGGUAAGUGGGGUUCUUCUUGUCAGCACUCCUCAGCUAGCAGCUCUCCGGGUAACACAGCGUGGAGCUGAAAUGUUCCGUGUUCUCAAUGUCCCAAUUCUGGGAUUGGUUGAGAACAUGAGUUCCGUACAAUGCCCAAAUUGUAGCACAGAAAUCAACAUAUUCGGCAAUGAGACUGACAAAGUAGCAAAAGAAAUGGAAGUUGAUGUCCUGGAGAGGAUUCAAAUUGACAAGGAAGCAAUGUGCGGGGGUGAAUCGGGAAUUCCUCUUACAAUACAAAAACCAUCAUCGAGGUACGCAGAAACUUUUCAACGGUUAGCAAAAAUUGUACAAAAAAGAAUAAAUAGAGAUGAAAAGUAAAA